AUGUGUGCAAAAAAGCUCAAGUAUGCUGCUGGAGAUGAUUUUGUACGCUAUGCUACGCCAAAAGAGGCCAUGGAAGAGACGAGACGAGAAUUUGAGAAGGAGAAACAACGACAGCAACAAAUGAAAACUGCUCAAGUACAAACCGGUAACACUAGGAUCCAUUCGGCUCCGAUUCCUCUACAAAAUCAAUUUGUCAAGAAUAGAGUGGAAAGCGAACAUCAGUCUUACGGUUCUCCACAAAGUUUUUCUCCAAGACAUACAAAGGUACCUAUCGAUCCUAGAUAUAAUAUUCUAGCGCAGAAAACGGCAGGCAGACCUAUUCCUCCCGCACCAAACCAUUACAGCAACUCACCCUCUCAACGGAUAACCUCAUCACCUCCACCUCCCCUAAUGCAUAACCAAUCACUGCCUGCAUCAUGCAAAAAGAAGGUCACGCCUGCUUCAUUUGAUAAUAAAGAAGAUUUAAGAGACGUACAAGUGGCCAUUCAGCUGUUUCAUAACCAUGAUAUCAAGGGCAAGAAUCGACUGACAGCAGAGGAACUACAAAACUUAUUACAAAAUGAUGAUAAUUCACACUUUUGUAUAUCAUCAGUGGAUGCAUUAAUAAAUUUGUUUGGUGCUUCCAGAUUUGGCACUGUCAACCAGGCUGAGUUUAUCGCUUUGUACAAAAGAGUAAAAAGCUGGAGGAAGAUAUAUGUAGAUAAUGAUAUUAACGGAUCGCUUACCAUUUCUGUGAGUGAAUUUCAUAAUUCACUUCAGGAAUUAGGAUAUCUGAUACCUUUUGAGGUAAGUGAAAAGACAUUUGACCAAUAUGCCGAGUUCAUUAAUAGAAGCGGGACAGUGAAAGAGCUGAAGUUUGAUAAAUUUGUAGAGGCAUUGGUUUGGCUAAUGAGACUGACAAAAUUAUUCAGAAAAUUCGACUCCAAUCAAGAAGGUACUGCAACCAUACAAUACAAAGAUUUCAUCGAUGCUACGUUGUAUUUAGGUCGCUUUCUACCUCAUUGA